UGGGUCGCAGAGCCUGGACGUGGGCUGGCGCCCUCAGGCACGGGUCGCUGGUCUGGUUCCCUGACCGGCGGGCGGCCACCUUCGGGGUACCUGCCCUACGGCGGCGGGGAGGCGGCCGAGGCCGCAGAAGUUAUCUCUUUGUUCACAAGAAACAAGAUUCUUCCUGUUUCAUGAAAAAGAUGAAAACAACGGGGUUACUGUUAAAAAACGGAACACCAUAGACCAAUGAGUAGAAUCAAUAAGAACGUCAUCUUGGCCCUUUUAACACUGACGAGCUCUGCAUUUCUGCUGUUUCAGCUGUACUACUACAAGCACUAUUUGUCAGCAAGGAAUGGAACAGGAUCAUCCAAAUCCAAAGGAAACCGGAUUGGAUUUGAUAGCACACAGUGGCGUGCAGUUAAGAAAUUUAUUAUGCUGACAUCCAGCCAAAAUGUGCCAGUGUUCCUUAUUGAUCCUUGGAUACUGGAAUCAAUUAAUAAAAACAUCGAACAAGUGAAAAAUACUUCUCAAGGCUCCGCUUCAGAAUGCAGGUUUCUCUGUGUUCCAAGAGACUUCACUGCGUUUGCACUGCAGUAUCACCUGUGGAAGGAUGAGGAUGGCUGGUUUCGGAUAGCCGAAAAUAUGGGAUUUCAGUGCCUAAAGAUUGAAAACAAAGAUCCUCGACUAGAUGGGAUAGACUCACUUUCUGGAACUGAAAUCCCUCUUCACUAUGUCUGUAAGCUGGCCACCCACGCCAUCCACUUGGUGGUCUUUCAUGAGAGGAGUGGCAACUACCUGUGGCAUGGUCACCUACGACUCAGAGGGCACAUGGACAGGAAGUUUGUUCCUUUUCGAAAGUUACAGUUUGGUCGUUACCCUGGAGCUUUUGACAGGCCAGAGUUACAGCAAGUUACCGUUGAUGGACUAGAUAUGCUUAUUCCGAAAGACCCAGGGCACUUUCUGGAAGAAGUUCCGCACUCCAGAUUUAUUGAGUGCAGGUAUAAAGAAGCUCGGGCGUUCCUUCAGCAGUACCUUGAUGAUAACACUGUGGAUGCUAUGGCCUUUCGGAAGAGGGCAAAGGAAUUACUGCAACUAGCUGCCAAAACCUUAAAGGAAUUGGGAGUGCCCUUCUGGCUGAGCAGUGGGACUUGUCUGGGAUGGUAUCGACAGUGCAGUAUUAUUCCAUAUAGCAAAGAUGUCGACCUAGGAAUUUUUAUACAAGAUUACAAACCAGAUAUUAUUUUGGCAUUUCAGGAUGCAGGACUUCCUCUCAAACACAAGUUCGGGAAGGUAGAAGACAGCUUGGAACUAUCCUUCCAGGGACAAGACGAUGUAAAACUUGAUAUUUUUUUCUUCUAUGAAGAGACUGACCAUAUGUGGAAUGGAGGCACUCAGGCCAGAACAGGAAAGAAGUUUAAGUACCUGUUUCCCAAGUUUACACUGUGCUGGACCGAGUUUGUAGACAUGAAAGUCCAUGUGCCCUGUGAAACAGUUGAAUACAUUGAAGCCAACUAUGGUAAGACCUGGAAGAUUCCUGUCAAGACAUGGGACUGGAAGAGCUCACCCCCGAAUGUACAGCCCAAUGGGAUCUGGCCUAUCUCUGAGUGGGAUGAGGUUAUCCAGUUGUACUGAGAGUACUAAGUUAAGGUGGGACAUUUUCCAAAAAUAAGGUGGGUUAACUGUUUACAGCACUACUGUCUUUUUGCCUCUUGUGAGAGCCAAAGAUAAAUGACAAGUUUGAAGACAGAAAAUGUUCUAGCUCGUGAGCCAUCUGAUUAGCUCUGUCAUUCAGCA